UUAAAACUUCUUUUCUUUCCUUCUGGAAUCUCUUCGACAUCCAAACAAACCAAAUGCAGCAGCGGGACUUGCACCGGAAUCAAAGAGAUCUCAGUACCGAUUUCGAAAGAGGCUACAAGUCGUUCGAGGUUGGACAUGGCGACUCAGGCGUGCGCCUCCGAAUACGCAUGCUCAUCACAAACCUUUCAAGCCGCCAACGAAUGCUCAAGAUGUUUGCACUUCUGGUGGGUCUGGGACUGCUAGUGCUCUGUCUUCCCGAAAGGUUCCGCAUCUCAGAGCCGAGUCUCUUUGCUGAGGCGGAGGCUGCGAACCUCCUCGAAGCGGCGCACCGCGUUACUCUCGUUGUUACGUUGAACUGCAACACUGCGAUUGACGGACCUUCACCCGAUCCUCUCCCAACCCAGGGCCUCUUGGACCCCACUGCCGAGACUGUCGACGUAUCACCCGAUCUUCUCCCAACCCAGGGCCUCUUGGACCCCACUGCCGAGACCGUCGACGUAAACACACCGCCUGAGCAAGCUUCUGAGACAGAUACCAUUGAUCAUCCGGAAGAGGCGACCCAAGCAACUCUCUCACCUCAGGCAGAGCCCUCCACUACAGUUGUCUCACCUCAGGAAGAGGAGGCCGCAGAUGACGGGACUCCCAAGUUUCGGUUUUUUAACAAUCUCGCAGAAACCAAGUUCAGUGCAAUCCAGGGCGUUCGGUACAUGGCCUUUGGCUCUCCCGGAUCAGACUCACUGGACGCUGCGUUGAUGAGCGCAAACACUUCGCACAUCCUUGACCUCAAAUCGCCGCCCAUCUUCUUGUACCUCACUGGUCACUUGCGAACGUUUGUACAGACGGCACCUGAGCUUCAGCGGUUUGUUGAUUCGCUCGAGAGGCCUUAUGUCAUUGUUCAGCAUACUUGGUCGACCACAGACCAUGGGGAUGGGGUAUGGUGGCGCAAUCCUAAUCCCGACCGCGCAAAGCAGAGCUCUGAGGAAGCUCUUGCGCAUCUCAACUAUCCAUUCAUGCAGCAUGCAGUCAUCAUGAUUGAGGAUGGCGAUUUAGCCAAGAGCAGUGGCCGAUUGUCAACGCUACCAGUUUUCUUUCCAAACCAGAACAACCCCGUGGUGUUGCCCUCUUACUACUACAGCCUGCAGGCAACCCACCUUCUCGCACGCGACCUUGUUCGAAGGAUUUCAGGCGGUGUGGCCAUGCCGCAGAACGCAUUCAUUUUACAUUCACGACCCGACGUUGUGAUUCAAUCCUUUGAGUCUGCCAGACUUGCCACAAUUGCCAAGUCGAUUGUCGACAACCCGUACAGCUUUUUCGGCAGCUGCCAUCAUGACGAAGGCAAAUGGCGAUCCGAAGCUAUAUCUGACAUCCUCUAUCUCACCACGCGCCAAGUCUUUGAUAGGCUGGCCACGGUUGAUAUUGUUGACUGGUGCACUUCCAACUCAGCCAGCUAUGCCAUCCAAUCCUACCCGGAGGUCGACUUACGCUUGUUACUUCAAUUUUUGAAAGUGCGUCUGUACUGGCUCGAGACUCCCUUUCACCUUGUUCGAGAUUCGGGCGCCAUCCUUUCCAUGCCGGCUUGCGCCGGCAAUGUCUAGAUUUCGUUCCCGCGGAGCACGACGCUUUUUGGACUUUGAACUUUUGCUUGCUUUGAGUAGGUGGAGUGAUGCUUUACCUGAUUGAGUGUUUCAUUUGUGCAGUAUACUUCUUGUACGAUCGCA